GCAAUCGAUCCAACCGUUACUACGCGCCAAACGACACCGCAUGGCCACGCUUGUGUGGAACCAGUUGGCAUUACGGCUUAAUCAAUACUCAAAACCCGUGUAAGUGAAGCUAAAAUGCCCGCCACUGCACCACAGGAGAAACUUAUCCACUCGGACGAUGGAUUUCUGGUCUACCUCACAAAGCAGACGACUUCAACGAUCGGACUGCGGUGGGACUUUUCGGAACCGCUGGAAGCACCGUUUGAUCUGUUCAAAGUGGAAAAGUGCUACAGUUGCAAGCGUAACCAGUGGGAAGUGGUGCACUGGGGAACGGCUUGGUCCGUUACGGUUCGCAACCUGGAGCAGAACCUGUGCUACUCGUUUCGGAUCAACGCACUGAAGCAGAACGAGGAGGACGAGCGUUUCGUCUACGUGAGGAAGUCGGAGAUUUUCAAAUCAUUCACUCUGCCGGAUGUCCCGUCGACGAUGGCGAUAUUUCGAGCGGUGAAAAAGAAUCAACCGGCGCUGAUUCGGAAGCUUUUGAGCAUAAAACCGGAACUGGUGAACGUUCCGGUUAACGGAGAGACGUUUUUGUACCAAGCAGUGCGGAAUAAUAACCUGGAAGUGAUUGAUCUGCUGCUGGAGUACGGGGCGAAUGUGAAUCUUGGAGUGCCGAGCAAUUGGGAGACGCCGUUGCAUCUCGCCAUCUACAACAAGAACAUCAAAAUCGCUCGUCAUUUGCUAGAGCAUGGAGCGGAUAUAAACGCUGGGAACUGCAUCGGAAUGACGGCUGGGCAUUAUGCGAUCGAUACGAAUGAUCUGCACACGUUAAGGUUCGUCCUGACACACGGAGGAAGCACGGAGUCACGAGAUCGUUGCAGCUGGACGUUGAUCUUUCGAGCGAUCUACAUGCAUACCAGCACCGAGAUCGUCAAGUAUCUGCUGGAGAGGAAGUGCCGGCUGAAAAUUCGAGACAAGAACCGGCUGAUGCCUCUGGAUUACGCGCGAUUGAUGGAUCAGCAGGAGGUCAUCAACCUAAUUAAGCGAAGACUUAAGAUUUAAGG